AUGGUAAAUGAAAGAGAGCCUUUGUUGGCGCAACGCCAGAACUCGGAAUCAUGGAUAUCAGAAAUUCGUGCACACGAAGUCGCCCGCACUGCGCAAGAUAACGAGGAUUACCCAAUCGAUCAUGGCUAUGUGGCCUGGAUGCAGGUUCUGGGAGGUUUCAUCAUCUUCGCAAACAGCUGGGGCUUGCCGAACGCUUUCGGUGUAUUCCAGACAUACUACGUCAAUACCCUCAUGCCUAGUGUAGACGCGGCUUCCAUUGCCUGGAUUGGAUCCAUCCAGCUUUUCUUCACUACAGUCGGUUGCCUGCCUGCUGGUGUCUUGCUUGACCGCGGGUAUCUCAAGAGCUUAAUCGCCGCUGGUACGAUCUUAGAGGUGGUUGGGUUGAUCUUGACCUCGUUCUUCAAGAGCUUCUGGGCAAUUUUGUUUGCUCAAGGCGUCUGUAUGGGCGUCGGCAGUGGAUUGCUUGCCAUUAUACCUGUGGUGAUCCUGGCUAUGUUCUUCGAGAAGAAAAGAAUGUUGGCAACAGGUCUUGCGUCGACUGGUGCAAGUGUCGCUGGCAUCGUCUAUACUCUGCCCAUGCGCUCGCUCUUCAUCCGCAUUGGCUUUGCGUGGACUGUUCGUGCAUUCGCACUUGUCAUCUUGCUCACCAACCUGAUCGCCUUCUUGGUCAUGCGGCUCCAACGUCAAUAUGGUUCGAAGGGAUCCGAUUUCGGCUUCCACCACUUUAAAGACCUGCCAUACUCAGCGUUCGUUUGCGCUUUCACGCUAUUUGUGGCAUCCUCCUUCGUACCCUUUUUCUUCGUGCAGGAGUACGCGAUUGGGCUUGGUGUGUCUAAAGACAUGGCGUUCAACCUGCUCAGUAUCAUGAAUGCUGCGAACAUUUUUGGUCGUUUCGUGCCAAACUAUGUCGCCGAUCGAUAUGGAGGUGUCAACACGCUUCUUCCUUUGAGCGUUGCGUGCAUCAUCACCAUGUGCAUGCUCCCACUGGCACAAAAUCUCCCUGGACUCAUAGCCAUCAGCACUGUCUACGGCUUCCUCUCAGGCGGUGUCAUUAUCAUUCCGGGACCGACCAUCACCGAUUUGUCUCCUGACAACACCGAAAUAGGUAUGCGGCUAGGGCUCGCAUACCUCGUUGCUGCGUUUGGUGGCCUUCUCGGCAAUCCUCUUUCCGGUGCAUUGAAGGGUCAUGAAACGAAUGCUGUUCGCAACUUUAGCGGUGUUUGGUUCUCCGGAGCGGCGAUCAUGGCAGCAGGAUUUCUGGCGCUUGUCAUUACUAGAUGGUUGAAGCUUGGUUCCGUGGCUGCUAAAGGCCGUGUCUGA